UACAUGAUGAAUGCAUGAGGGUACUUAGUGUUUGGUCAAACUCCGAUUUAAAGAAUCUGAAAUACAUUUGCAUUGACAUAAUAGGCUACAAAAGUAUAAUUCUCUUUUGAUGACAUGUACAAUCAUUCUUAUAAUGGGGCCAUACAGCAUAGAGACGAUUAAUAACUGUCAUUUUGCAUUUUUCGCUUGUGUUGUCAUAUGGCUUCAGUCCAGCUCCAGUGCUCUGAUCUCAAAUUGGGCAUUGAGCUAAACAGUUCUUCUGAGAGGCGGUCCAGGCAGUCUGAUAGGCCAGUACCCUCUCUUUGUCCAAACUAUUUCAAUCGCAUUGAAAUCCCAUUUCAAAUAGAUACUGGUGAGGUCAAUGAACCUGAACUUAGUGUACCGAUAUAAUACAACUAUUGUCAAAGGUAUUUUUGAGACCAGCAGUGCAAAUUACUAAUCGAGUUGCGCAACAGGACAUUUUUGUGGGAAAUCAUGUCGAGGAGGAAAGUGCGGAAUCAACGCCCCGCCGAAAGCGAGGAGGACUCCGAUAUUGACAACCUGUUAGCCGCUCUGACACUCGCCGAGGUGGAAGAGCUGCAGAGCGAACUGACCGUUAUUGACCCGGAUCCAACUGUGCCAGUCGGACUCCGGCAGAAGAACCAGACAGACAAGCAGCCGUCAAUAAAAUACAAUAGGGGGGCAAUGCUUGACUACUGUGAGCGCGAAACCAAGAAACUCAUUCAAAGGGAGCUGUCCUUUGAGGAGCCAACAACUGACAGAGUGAAACGGGAACGCCUGAAGAAGAUGGGGAAGAGCUGUGAUAGUUUCUUCUACUUCAAGUCAGAUGACCAGGAUGACCAGGAUGUCAUGGACCUAAACUUCUCUGCUGUGGAGACCCCUAAGGAGGACAUAUCCAAGGACGAAGAGGAAAAACCUCAGAGCAAGAACUUGAAGGGUGAGGGAGGGAGUGGAGAGGGAAAUGAGGAAAGGCCACAUAGUAGGUUAGGGGGAGAUGAGGACAAAGACCAUGAAAAAAAGGAAGAUAAGAUUGUUGAAAAAAGCAAUGAAGUACAGGUUGAAGAAAAUGAGAAAGAGAAGAAAAAGGAGGAGUGCAUAAAAAAGGAGAAGGGUAGUAACAAAACACUUGAUCUUAUCUCAAAAUUACAAACAAAAAAAGAAGAUACAAAAGAAAAGGAGCAAAAAGAUAUCAGAAAAAAGACUGUCUCUAAAACCAAGGAUCUGAUUUCAAAGCUCCAAGGGCAUGCUGAUAACGACGAUACUAAGGAGAAAGAGAAGAAAGAAAAACCUACAAAAAUGAAGGAUAGCAAGAUCGCAAGAGGAAUUUUCUCUAAAGUAGAGGAAAAGCAGAAAGAAAUCAGGGGUACUGAGGUGAAGGAACAGAGGAAUAAUGAGAAGGACAAAGAUAGCGAAAACACCAAAUCACACAGGAAACCAAGUAGAGUCCAGGAUGAGACACAGAUAGACAGUGAAAAGAAGACAGAAAGGACUCCUAAUAAAAACAGUAAAGCCAGCAAUGUAAACCUAGAGAACAGUAGUAGGGAAGAACGCUCAGCUGGUGAAGUCAUGGAGGGAGGCGAGGAGGACGAGGAGGCCAGCAUGUUUGAUGAGCUCCUUGAGCAUGUCAGAAAAGAUGACCCUUUAAUGACUGAGCUCAAUGUCAACAACUCAGACGUCAUCAAGACCCACACCCUCAUCCAGUUUGCAGAGGCACUACAACACAACACACAUGUCAAGACGUUUGCUUUAGCCAACACCCGAGCUGACGACCAUGUGGCUUAUGCCAUUGCUGGCACUCUGCGGAACAAUACGUCUCUGACCAACGUCAUCCUUGACUCCAACCACCUCACUGGCAAGGGAAUUUUGGCCGUGGUACACGCCUUAGAGAAAAAUGUAACCAUCACUGAACUGCGCUUCCACAACCAGCGACACAUCUGUGGAGGCAAGACAGAGAUGGAGAUGGCCAAUGUAUUGAGAAACAACACCAGGUUGUUGAAGCUGGGCUACGGCUUUGAACUGGCCGGCCCAAGGAUGACCAUGACCAACAUCCUGAGUCGGAACAUGGACCUGCAGAGGCAACGUCGACUGGAGGAGAAGAAACAAGCACAAGCCCAGCCAUCCCAGCAGCCUCAGCCAUACCAGCCAACAUGUCAGACACCACAACCACAGACCAACACAAAAAAGAACACAUUGCCUUUGGGGAAGUUUUCUUGCGAACCUUCAACUCAACCCCAAUCCAAGUCUGUUGGUGAGACUAAGAGGACAGGAAACCUCCUGAAAACAUCUCCCUUUUUGUCUCCCCCUAACCCCUCACCUGAACCCUUCCACAAGGGGAGCUCCAAAGCUGUGGGUAAGCUAAACCCUAAGGCUUGGGGUAGUAGGUCUGGACCAAGGUCUACAACACCACCACCUCAGGCCGAGGAUGGUGUAUCUGGUCCUGGAUCUACACCACCUCCACCUCAGGCUCUUAAGGCUGGCCGAUCUGGACCAGCUCCACCUCCUCCCCCUGCCCCAGUGUUGGAGGGCCUAAGGAAAGCCCUCAUGCCUGCCUCACAGAGAAAACUCAACGGGCAGACUUCACGCCACGGAGAGAGGAACACUAGGGACCAGUUGCUGGACUCCAUUCGCAACAGCACAAUGAAAGCUCUAAAAAAGGUUGAUGUUCCAAAGCUGCUUCAAUAAAGGUGGGGAUGACAGCAAGAAGAGGUUGGACUUGAUACAAAAACAGAACAGCAUUUGUUUUACAGUAGUAGACCGGGGUGAAACCCUGCCUCUGUUGUUGCUGCUGAGAUAUGGAGAGAUAUCUGAUCCAGUUGGUACUUCGAGCCAGAAGGUGGUUAUGGUGGUUUGUAAUCAUACAAAGUGAAAGCAUCUUAGGCUACAUUGCCUGCUGACUUCAGCCUCCCUCAGUUGAAUCUCUCCCUCCUGUUCUCUCGAGAUGCCCAUAUUUGGUCAUUGCAUUGAAGAUACAGUAUGACGUAAGAAUAACUCCUCUGUUCUUUUUAAUUACUGGAUGAUGGCCAGUUGGAUGUCCUGCUCUUUCAUGUGAGGCUUUGUCUGGCGAAGAGGUGGGGAGAAUGGGGGAGGUGCACGGUGGAAAGGGAAUAGUUAAAAGGGGACGAGCAACUGGAAGGAAAUGCUUACACAUUGCAAGUCACCAUAUUUUCUUAUUUUCAACAGUUAUGUGGCCAUAAGCGCAAUGAAUGAGGGCAUUUGUUUGAUGUUUAUUUAAAGACCAUGUUCCACUGUCACUGUCAAAAGAUGUAAUUAAACAUUUAACCAAACACAUACUGUAGCUAGUAUUGAACACACAACUUGUAUAUGAAGUGCGUGUGGGUUCAUAAUCUGGUCAAUGUGUAAUAUAACAGCAGACAAUCUCUCUGUUAGUCCAUAGGGAUACCAACUGCUUACAACAUGCAUGAUUGAGGCACUUCCCUAGAGCUGGCAGGAGACAUCUUGAACUUUGCAAGCAUUUAACUAUAAUGGAUUGUGUCCUGAGAGGGAAGGGAAUAUAUUUUGGGAAUAGUUAGUGCUAUCUGGGAUCCUUGGGACAUCAAGUCCCUACCCUAAAUCCUAACCCCAACCUUAACUCUUACCUUAAGUAUUUUACAUUUCAUCUUCAAUGGGGUAAUUGAAAUAGCAAAACUCCCGGAUAGCAAGGACCUUUUGAGAAUGUUGUGUUUUGAAUUCACUCAUGGGGUGUACCAUACAGAUGUUUUAAGUCAUGACAAUAUACCAAGACCAUUCUGAAAUGUAUUUACAGAACCAAACAAAAUAUAUUAAUAGCCAGGUCAUUAAAUUCCUCCAGAUGAACAAUUGUGGAAUAUUCCGUCUGUUUUAGAUGUCUACAUCCGCCUUAUAGAGGCUUUUGAUUCAACAAAAGUAGCUCCUGUCUGUAGCACUUCCUUCCUGAAAUGUUGCAAUCCGUUUAUAUUUUUCACUUCCUUAGGUAAGAUAAAAAACAGCCCUGAGCCACUGCAAAUGAUGCUGGUCAAUGGAGACUUAUACGGUGACAGUAGGGGCAUUCGGGAGAAAAGUGGGUCUGUCCUCACAUGUAGACUAUCUGUGGUGAAAUUAUUUUACAACUGAAAACAUGAAAAUCUAUCUGAAGUUUCUCCUUUACUUGCCAGGUGAGAUUUUAACACUCAGAUACAAUUGCAGACACUUUUUGUUAUUGUAGAUUUGCUGUUGUUGAUUACAAUUGCAGAAAUCUUUUGUUGUUGUUGAUUAUUUUAUUUGUGAAAGAGACCACUGCAUACUGCAAAUUUUAUAGAAUAAAA